AUGUUUCAAGAGUAUUGUUUUGCACAUGGAAAUCCCUGUAUGUCUGGACUGCUUUACUGCUGCGAGGAGUGCAAAAAUGAAGACUACGAGUUUUUUGUAAUGGAUGAAGAAGGUCACAUUGAGGAAAAGGAAGCUGAAUUGAUACCUAAUAGUUUGGUUUACGAAUGUUUUUGGUGCAAAGCACACCAUGAUCCUUAUAUAGCAUGCAACGAGGAACCGAAUAAUUAUUCAUGGCUGAUUUCUAGUAAUGUCAAAUGGGACAGUCCCUCAUAUUUUGGUAAUACAGCUAAUAGGGAAAUAGAAAUGAAUGCAAUGAAUGAAUAUGAAACAAAGGAAGAUCCUUUAGUAUGGAACGGCAACCAAAGUUUGCAAUCUAAUUAUAAGAAGUGGUUGGUGGAUAAUACCGCUUCCGUAAGUCCGCUUGCAACAUCAUCAUGA